CAAAGUUACCUCCUGAACUUCGUAGAUUGGAGAAAAAAAAUCUCACACAUUUACCCCAAAUCAGGCUAGGGGAGCUUUAGUGCGGCCGCCCGGCGAAAAUGGCAUUCCGCCGAAGGAACAAGAGCUACCCCUUCUUCAGCCAGGAGUUCCUCAUCCAGAACCACGCAGACAUAGUGUUCACUUUGGUCAUCUUUAUCCUGAUCGGGCUGAUGUUUGAGGCUACGGCUAAGACGGCCAUUCUGUUCAUCCAGCCUCAGUACAACGUGACCACACUAUCACCAGAGGGAGAAGUGACCCUGUACCACUACGGCUGGAAGGACGCAGCCACAGUGCUCUUCUACUUCUUCAUCGUCAUCAUCCUCCAUGCAGUGGUCCAGGAGUACCUGCUGGAUAAAGUGAACCGGCGCCUCCAUCUAUCCAAAAGUAAAAACACCAAGUUCAAUGAGUCUGGUCAGCUGUGUGUGUUCCACCUGGUGUCCAGUGUGUGGAGCCUCUACGUCCUGCUCACGGAGGGGUAUCUGUUACAUCCGAGCAGUCUUUGGGAAAACUAUCCUCAUGUAAAUUUAAGGUUCCAGGUGAAGUUCUUCUACCUGACCCAGCUGGCCUACUGGCUCCACGCGCUGCCAGAGCUCUACUUCCAGAAGGUUCGCAAGGAGGAGAUCCCCCGGCAGCUCCAGUACAUCAGCCUGUACCUGCUCCACAUCGCAGCUGCCUAUUUGUUGAAUCUGAGCCGUGUGGGGGUAGUGCUGCUGUUCCUCCAGUACACAUCAGAGCUGGCCUUCCACAUCGCCAGACUCUUCUACUUCACCGAUGAGAAUCACCAGAAAAUGUUCGACUUGUGGGCAGUGAGUUUUGUGUUCACGCGGAUGGCUACUCUGACCCUCAUGUUCCUGGCUGUGGGCUUUGGUCUGGCACGCUCCGAGAACCAGGGCCUGGACUGGGACUCUGGGAACUUCAACACCGUACUCAUAAGGAUGACGGUGCUGCUCCUGGUGUGCGUCACUCAGUCCUGGCUCUUGUGGAAGUUUAUCCGCUUCCAGCUGCGCAGAUGGAGAGAGUUCCGACAUGAACAGGCCCUGCGCAAGAAGACGGCAGCCAAGCAAGCACUGCGGCCAGUCAAGAGGGACUCCUUGAGCCACCAUGAAAACGGCGUUCUCAAAGCAGAGAACGGAGCCUCUCCUCGGACCAAAAAGCUCAAAUCUCCCUGAAGAGCGCCCCCUCAUGGACUCAACCUAACCCCGGGACUGUCCCAGCUGCAGUUCUCCAUCAGCCCAGCGGGGGGAGCCUGGACGACGCGUUGAGAAGCCUGUGCGCGCCGACGUCCUGGGUCAAACCUGCCGAUCCGGGCCGAACUUGCUCCCCGACGGACCUCGCAUGGAAAUCUCAUUUUAUCAGUAUUCUCGAAGAGGAGCGCCAGUUUAUGAACAAUAUGAACUUUAAAUGUGAUUGAAAUCAAACUUCCACCGUGAUAAAGGAAUAACUAUAAUACUGAAGUUAAAAUGACUUGAAUUCAGACUGUAAGGCUAGUUUAGUUUGGUCGAUGUUGAUUAUAUUGUAUUCAUGGGUUUCAAGGUAUGAUCGUGAGUAGAAAGUGUUUUACAAUUAUUCACAAUUAUUGACACCACGAUCAAACAGGAAAUUCUUUAUUUUCUUUUGUUUUGGGGUUAUGCAAAAUUUACUUUUUCCAGCUUUCUACCAUGAUAUAAUGUUCUCAUGAAAAAUAUGCCCAAAGAGGUUUGAGACGCCGUUCAUGCAUGUUUGGGUAAUCUAGCGAUCUCACUUGGGCCUUGUUCGAACCCUUCUUAUGGUUAACAGUAUGAUCCUGUACAAGCCAACGUCACCCAUGGUCGUGUGCAAUUUUUAAAACAGCAGGAUUCAAAACAAUGUACAACAACUUGACAAACCUGAUGCGAUGUGCAGUAGUUUCAUUAGUGGGAUGCAGCUGAUUGUGAUAUCAUUCUGACUACACAAUUGCUCUGAGCAAAAGGAGGGGGGGACUCAGAGUGUCUAAAAGGAACUUUAAACUAAUUGAAACAUUUGAAGCUGAGCCUGGAGCAUGGAGGCACAACUCUGGUAGAGGAUCCUCCACUAAACUGACCUGCGCCGAGGUGGCCCCGGGCACCAUGUCAGUGGAAAAGGGGUAACUUGUCUGGUAGAGGGUCCGACACCUGCUUGUUUCUUGCUGCCUUGUUGUUGUUGUUAAAAAAAAUACAGAUAAGUUGAAUGCCAAUUACAGGUGUUCAAAAAUACAUUUUAAAAUGCAGUCUGAUUGCAGCAUUAUAGCAAGCAGGUGACCUCUCCACAGAUCUGACCUGCACAUAUCCACUCUCCAUGGAUACGGGUUCGUAGACCCUCCACCAGAAAGUUACAUAUUUCAUCUUUUAAACCAAUCAGAAAAUAUGUUUGAAACUAGUGAAAGAAUCUAGUCAAAAAUCACAUUUUCUGAAUUCAUGUCAUUGUAACUUGUGUAGCUGGCCCUUUUUGCAGGGUGGAUUGCAAUAAUAUAUGUAUUAUUUGUAAGUACUGUAAUGGUAAAGUCGGUGAGCUGGCUUUGUCCAUCCUUUCGGUCCAUUGAAGCAGGAAUUUCAGCGGGAAGACACAACUGCCAACAUUCUAGAUUUAAGCCCCAUUCACACAUGCAACCCGACCCGAUUUACCUGCAUUUUGCCUGAACGGGGUCAUGUGUGAACAAAGCCAGAACUCAUAUCCCUGCAUUUUUGACCAGAAAUUACUGAGAAUAUGCAGGGAAGGCUUAUGUGUAAAUAAAGCCAUAAAAUUGCCAGUACCAUUGCUUAUUUGCUUGGUGUCCUUGGUUACGAGCUUGAUUUCCUGGUUACCCUACAUAGUCUCUGGAGCACAGAGACCCAGAUGCCAAGAUGUAUGCGAAAAGAGCAAACCCGGCAAUGUUCUGGGACUGUCAAUAGGGUCAUGGCUGGGUUUUCUGGCAUUUUGUACUGGGAUCUGUGUGAAUGGGGCUUUAGAAUAGAUUUAUUCAUUUUUAUGCAUUUUCUACAGUUACUGAUUAGCAGUUUUGGAAUUCCAAUAUUUUCCUAAUAUCUUAAACUUUUCCAUACAUAUGUUGGGAAUUACAGCAUGGCAUUCCAUAUUUUCAUACAUUUUAUUUUGUUAAUUUCUUUAUUAAAAUGCCAUUUUCAG